AUGGACCACCCGGAAUACGUUCUCGGCUGUCCCCUCAGCAACAUCAUCUCUCCCUACACUCUUCCCCAAGGCUUUGCUGUCAGUUAUUAUCGUGAUAAGGAUAUGCCACGCUGCAUCGGCAAACUCGUCCGCAACAAGGUCUACAUCGUCACUUGCUUCUGCAUCUGCUGCGAAAUGUUCGUAAUCAUCGGGUUCGCUGGCUUCUUACCCAAGUACCUGGAGACAGAAUAUCAGGCAUCCAAGGCACAGGCCAGCAUGAUUGCAGGUGAGUUGUGGUGUUUUUGCAACGUUGAGUGCACCCUGAUUUUCUUGUCUGUCCGGGCUUUAUGGCAUGUGUGGACCCCAGGCCUGUCGUACCCAUAG